AUGGUCGAGGCCACAGGAGAAGCCACACACGGCCGGCUCCAGCAGCCCGAUUCGCAGAAUGCGGCAAACUUGGCGUGGGGCUGCGGUGCCACAGCGCUCAGGAGAGAGAAAUUGCUAGAGGCCCCGGCCACCCACGCCCGCCAGCUCGUCGCUGAAGGGGCCUGUGAAGCGCUCAGCAUCGCCAACUUGCUCUGGGCACAUGCCAGCUUGGCAUUCGUUGGCCUGCCGCUAUUGACGACGCUCAGUGGUGCAGCAGUUCAGCAGGGAUGGGAGUCUAGCCCACCGUCUCUGUCCAAUGCAGCCUGGACGCCAGGUGUCCUGCUUGUGCAUGGCACCGUGGCCUCGACAGUGGCCUGCGAGGUCGCCCUAAUGCUUGUGAACGAGCUGGAGUCGCAAG